UUUGCGCAUUCAAAAACACAAAUAAGCUCUGCGAGAUCCACUCUUCUGUCAGAUUCCCCCUCCCACUCACUCUCUCUCUCUCUCUCUCCGUAGAAUUUCUUUAUGCUUUUCAUUUGUUCUAACGGGUAGUGUCCAUUUCUGCCUGUGUUGUAAAGCAAUCAUACAGCUGCUACAAAGAAAUUAAAUUGAUAUGCAGUGAGGUAUAGUUCCAUUUCCUGAACAUGGAUAAUAUAUCCCAGGACUGCCCAUAUCCAGGAUGCUUCUUCUGUGUUAUGAAGGAAGCUAAUCCAAGUAAACGUAGAACAAGUAUACUAAAGUUCUUCAGGGAACUACCUUCUCAAGACGAUGAUGGUCAGGUUCUUCCAAUCAGUGGCCUUUGGAACACUGCAAUGGCACAUCCCAAUGAUCCUGAGUUCAUUGACUUGGGAAUAUUUGAAUGCAUGGCUGCACUUAUAUGGAAGGGUUUAAAGAACCGCCGCUGGCUCUCUCAUGACCAGAAUAUAUACAUUCCUUAUUAUGCAGCACAUAUCAUUGGAUCUUAUACCAUGAAUAUGGACGAAUUUGCAGAAAGUGCAGUGCAUGCUGGAGUAAUUCCUCCCUUGGUUGAACUCUUAAGGGGGAGGUUAACCUGGGUGGAACAGCGAGUUGCAGUCCGAGCUCUAGGACACCUGGCUACAUAUCCCAGUACUUUCCCUGCAGUGGCAAGUCAUGGGGAAGUUCUUGAGCUUUCCAUUCAACUGGCAAUGGGUUCAUUGGAAAUUGUUUACUUGCAUUUUUACCAGUAUGCUGAUAGAAGGCUUAGUUAUCACUCUGAUUUGCUUACACGUGGCAUGGGUGGUGUAGAAAUGGAGUCCAGGAAGGCAGAGGAAUGGGCCAGCCAGUUACAGUGUUGGUCUCUUCAGCUUAUUAAUUGCUUUGCUUUCAAGCCUGAAUUUCUCUCUGUUAUAUGCAAGCCUGAAUUCUUAAUGAAGUUACCAGGAUUGUGGGGUGGACUUGUGAAUGAAAACUCACCAGCAGGCAUUGGUUUAUUAAGAACAAUUUGUCAUCAUAAACUUGGUAGGGGGCCUGUUGCAAGCUGUCCCGGAGUUAUCGAAGCACUCUGUAAUAUUGCCCGCUCAUCUGAUGACUGGCAGUACAUGGCUAUUGACUGUCUUCUUUGGUUGGUUCAGGAUCCAAGUAUUUGUCACAAGGUAAUUGACAAGGCAGUUCCUGCACUUACAGACCUUGCAGAGAUUUCAACUCUGGGUGAUCACAAGAAGCUCGGGGAUUCUAUUGUUAAUGUUCUUCAAGAUUGUGUCCAAUCACAAGGAACAGGGCGUAACUCUCUCAGUAGUCGUACAAAAGAAUUGAUUGAUGAAGUGAUAGAUUCCACGCAGAGAUUUAAGUGGGAGAAGAGUCUGCCAAAGGAAGAUCUUCAUAUCAAACAAGCAGCAGCACUAGUUGUCAAGCUGGAAGGCAAUUCUCUGUUUUCUUCUGGAAAUAUAUCUGGAGCUGCAUCAAAGUACUCUGAAGCACUGUCAUUAUGUCCAAUGAGGUCCAAAAAGGAGAGAGUUGUGUUAUAUAGUAAUCGAGCUCAGUGUCAUCUACUAUUGCAACAACCCUUGGCAGCAAUUAGUGAUGCUACACGUGCAUUAUGUCUUCAUAACCCUCCUAAUCGUCAUGCUAAAAGCUUGUGGAGGAGAGCUCAAGCAUAUGAUAUGCUUGGCUUAGCAAAAGAGAGUUUAUUAGAUGCCAUUCUGUUCAUAAAUGAGUGUUCUCCGUCAAAUGACCCUGAUCUUUCCAUGAGGCAAAACAGGGUUCCUGACUAUGCUGAACGCUUAGUGAAGAAGCAAAUGCGUGCUGCUUGGUUAUUUAGAGAAGCUGCUAUUAAACAUGGGGGUAUUCAUUCUGAGGGUGAUUUAGGUGACAUCUAUGCCCAAGAUGCUGAUGAUUCUGAGUGGGAGACAGCUAGUGAAAGUGACAUAGGAAAUGAUGGAAGGGGAGAAAUGGGCGAUAAUGACAGUGAAUGGAAAAAUGAGGAUGAAAUGAAAGAUAAUUAUGAGAAGCCUUCAAUAAAAGAGAUAAAGCAUGGAUACAAUGUGCAACUUGCUGAGGAUGAAACUUGAUUUUACAUGACUUAGGGAACCUGCAAAGCUGUAAACAUAUAUUGAUAAUACUGUGAAGAAAUGUUGAAGCAGACCAACUUGGAUUGAUUGAGCCCAUUGCAUUUUUCAAGUUACAAGUUCCAACGUUGAAGGUAAUUUAAUUGGUCCUUUAAGGAGAGUUUAAGAUUGGUCCGUGUUCUGAUAUUAAACCUGUCCCAUAUGUAUCUUGUAUUUCUUUUCUUUUCCACUUUAUCUCGUUUUUUGGUAGUCAACUGCAAAGAUGAGGGGUGAAACAGAGGCAGCAGAUAAAGUUGAUUAUUUGUAGAGUGAUAGAGAGGCUUGUGUACAUAAAAAAAAACCUUUCAUCGUUUUUAUGUCUGAGAAGAUAAAUAUGCGUUUUCAUUGUUUUACUUUUUGUGUUCA